AUGCAGGUCCAGACUCUCAAGCUUGAUGAUGUGGAAUAUCUAACACCAGCUGAAUCACAUCACCUAGCAGAGGCACUGUGUUCUAUGCCAAAGCUGACUGACCUGACACUUGAUAUGAAUCUUAGUGACAUGUUCUACUCUACAUUGAAAGCAAGUUCAUCACCCUUACAGGGUUGUUUUCCUCAGAUCAAGAAGGGAAACUUCAGGUUCAAUGGACUUACUUAUGACUUGGACUCAUUUCGUCACGCUCUUAAAAGGCUUGCAAAGGCCUUGCAAGAGGCAAGCCCCCCUUGUACUCAGUCAAGAGUUCCACAGGAUGAUCCUGAAAUUCCAGAGAAGCAAGCAAAGUAGGAAGUCUAGUUGUAUGGGUAGGCGUAAGACAGUGUUCCUGUGUUAACACUUCAUCUUGACUUUGUGUAUGUAUGAUACAGGGCUCCACACUAACUUUCUUAUGGAAAAGAGGUCCAGAUAUAACUUUUUACAGUCUGUAUGCAUGAGCCCUAAGUAAAAUCUUCCAAAUUUGGGCGGUCCGGACUUAGAUGUUGGGUGUUCACGUGUCCCGGCUAGCCUGUUGGUUUUGAGCCCUGGACAGAUAGCAAGUAAUUUGGGGUUAAAGAGGGUAAUUUUUGGCAAUGUUUGCAGACGAUUGAAUACUUCUAAAAAGGCUGUUUUCUUCUUUUUCACCUUGAUGAGUACAAUCCACUUUUCGGUGUUAGUGUAUCAAUUUUACAAGAAAAAGAACAUGCGAAUGGCCUUGUAGAAAGUGAUGCAAUAAUAAAAUACAUUUUGUGAAUGUGUACUCAACAAAUCCAAAACAUAGUAGUAUCAGGAGCCCAUUGUGUACCUGUUUUAUGCAGGAAGGGGUCGAUCAUGUUGUGUGGAAAAUGUUUUUGAAAUACUCUAAAUAGGGGGUCAUUUUUUACUGGGCUAUGAUCAUGCAUUAUGCCUGUGAAUAGAAGGUGACAACACCAGGGACUAGUAGUUAUAAUGUUAUUAACGGUGACUUCUGAAAUAGUGCUAAACCUGAUCCUAGGCGGUGGCCAAAUAUGUAACGCUUUGGCAUAUCGGGUACAUUUGUACCUGGGUGGAGAGUGGCAAACGUGGUUUAAUGCUUUCUCAAGGAUGUUAGUGCAUUAGACGUACAGUUUUUGUUGUGCAUGUAUCAAAUAUAUGGGUAAUUCCAUAAAUUGGGGAAUUGGUGUCCUUGUUACAUAAGGAACCCACACAUAUUUGUGGCUCUGAGUUAUGACUUACAUAUUGUAGUGAAAUCGUAAAGUGAUUUCCAAGCAUAUAGUAUUGCAUCGAUACCUAGAAUCACUUAACAAUCAUACUCCACUAUUUAAAUCUUUGCUCAGAGCCACAAAUACGUGUGGGUUCGAUAUGUAACUUGGGCCCCAAAAAUGUCACAAAGUGGGUCACUAAUUUAUGGAAUUACCCAUAUGUGUAUUGUAGACUUUUACCAUUUUGUAAAGUACAUGUUUAGCAUGC